AGCCCGCCCGACGCGACUCUUGAAGCUGGCAGAGGAGGGAGCCCGGGGCCCGGCCAGACCCGACGCCUGCGGGUGCAGGGGGAGUGAGGCGGAGCCGGGCCCCCCUGUGGUUUUUUAAUAGUCGGUUUUACGCCCUCUGGCCUGUUUGCCGCCGCCUCUCGCCCCCUCCCUCCACUCCACUGCCGCGAUUCCCCGCGCAGUCAGAUGCAGCGGCCGGUGCCCUGGCGCGGCUCGGAGCGCAGAGGCUCUUCAAUGGAAGUAUGUUACCAGCUGCCGGUGCUGCCCCUGGACAGGCCGGUCCCGCAGCAUGUCCUCAGCCGCAGGGGGGCCAUCAGCUUCAGCUCCAGCUCCGCGCUCUUCGGUUGCCCCAACCCCAGGCAGCUGUCCCAGAUUCAAACCUUGGAGAUCUUGCAGUAAGACCAUCUUUGGCUUUUAGGUCUGGUGGCAACUUCCCUGUGCUAUUAAGGACUUUACAAGAUGAAUAACAGUGUUGAAGAGGGUCUGUUUGUAGACAUAUUCAGUACAACUGCUCUUUUUCUUUCUAUCAAUGUGCUGGUGAUUUUUUUCCUGCAAACUGUGGUAAACAGACCUUUAAAUUUUCCAAAAGGACUUUAUUCAGACUUCAGAGUGGAAUUAUAAUGGAAAAGGCUGCCCAUCAGGCAUGGGAGGAGCUCCCAACAGACAUCUGGAAAGCCACUUCAUUGUUUUCCAUCAGAUUCCUUCUUAAAACUCCUUUACUGAGAUGCCUUUCCAACGUAAAUAAUCAAAAACCACCCAAUUUGACAAUGAGACGUGGAGCAAUUUCCUAUGACAGCACUGAUCAAACUGCAUUGUAUAUCCGUAUGCUAGGAGAUGUGCGAGUAAGAAGUCGGGCAGGAUUUGAAACAGAAAGAAGAGGUUCUCAUCCAUACAUUGAUUUCCGUAUUUUUCACUCAAAUUCUGAAAUUGAAGUGUCUGUGUCUGCAAGGAAUAUCCGAAGAUUACUUAGCUUCCAGCGGUACUUGAGAUCAUCACGUUUCUUCCGUGGUAUUACUGUUCCAAAUUCCUCAAACAUUUUGGAUGAUGAUUAUAAUGGACAAGCAAAGUGUAUGCUGGAGAAAGUUGGAAAAUGGAAUUUUGAUAUAUUUCUUUUUGAUAGGCUAACAAAUGGAAACAGUCUAGUCAGCUUAACCUUCCACCUGUUUAAUCUUCAUGGACUGAUAGAGCACUUCCAGUUAGAUAUGAUGAAACUUCGUAGAUUUUUAGUUAUGGUUCAAGAAGAUUAUCAUAGUCAAAACCCUUAUCAUAAUGCAGUUCAUGCUGCUGAUGUGACUCAGGCCAUGCACUGUUAUUUAAAAGAACCUAAGCUUUCCAAAUCUUUAACUCCAUGGGAUGUUCUCCUCAGUUUAAUUGCAGCUGCCACACAUGAUUUGGAUCAUCCAGGUGUUAAUCAGCCUUUCCUUAUUAAAACAAACCAUUACUUAGCAACUUUAUAUAAGAAUACCUCAGUAUUAGAAAACCACCACUGGAGGUCAGCAGUGGGGUUGUUGAGAGAGUCGGGUUUAUUUGCACAUAUGUCAUUAGAAAAUAGGCAGCUGAUGGAAAGCCAGAUAGGUGCUCUGAUUCUUGCCACAGACAUAAGUCAGCAAAAUGAGUACCUGUCCCUGUUCAGAACCCAUUUGGACAGAGGAGACAUAAGUUUAGAGGAGGCUGGUCAUCGCCACUUCAUUUUGCAGAUGGCACUGAAAUGUGCUGAUAUUUGUAAUCCAUGCCGGACCUGGGAACUGAGCAAGCAGUGGAGUGAAAAAGUAACAGAGGAAUUCUUCCAUCAAGGAGAUGUUGAAAAAAAAUAUCACUUGGGUGUGAGUCCACUGUGUGAUCGACAGUCAGAAACCAUUGCCAACAUCCAGAUUGGUUUUAUGACCUACUUAGUGGAGCCAUUAUUUACAGAGUGGGCCCGGUUUUCAAAUACCAGGUUAUCACAGACAAUGCUUGGUCAUCUGGGACUGAAUAAAGCUAGUUGGAAGGGACUGCAAAGAGAACAGUCAAGCAGUGGUGAUGAUACGGAUCCUGCAUUUGAGGAAAUGGACUCAGAUGUAUUACCUCAGGAAACUCCAUUGUCCUGACCCCAGAAUCUGCAUAACAAAAAUGGACUCUAGUGUAGGUGUCUGCACAUGGGGUUUGAGGAGAAACUUGUUGUGACCACUCAAGGUUCAGUGUAAACGAUGCCAGCAUUAUUUGUUUCCAAGUUUUCCUUUACAGAUCAUUUGAACCCCAUUUUAAUUACAAGAUUGGAACAUAGAGCAAUAUGCAUAUGCCUCAAUUGGCUUUUAUUUGGAACCUUGAAUAUGCAAAGCACAGCAGUGACUGAAUCUUGAAGGAACAAUACAAGAAGUUUCAUCAUGGUGCCACGAGUGUUUAAAAAAAGUUUGAAGUAAGGUCUUCAAAAACAAGAUUUGAUAUGAACUGUUCCAUUUGCUUGGGAUUUAGCAAGUCUUACAUAAACAUGUUCAAGCAUACCUUCCACUCAGUCCUUGUUUAAAAUAUGGAAAUGUGAAGUGCCCAUCCUCUGCUGCCUCUGGCAAGACUUGAUGUUUACAAAAGUACUCUGAUACUAUCAUUCUAGACUUAUCUUUACGCAUGGCUGUGAAAAAACCACUCACUUCGCGUUUUCAUUUUAAAAAAAGAAAAGAACAAAUCUGAGACUGCAGCUCUUUUUCCUUUGGAUGCCAGAAAAGACUCCAUUUGCCAUUAUUUUGUUUGUGCACUGGGAACUGACAUUCAUCAUAGAGCACAGCCAAGCUUUACUCCAGUGCUGUGUGGGAAUGCAAUUUUUGAAAAUGCUUCUGAAUUUGCAGAGUGGGGGGCAGGUGGGGGGAACAUUGUCCCUAAUUGUGUUGCAAUUCUGCAGUGAAAAUGUUGCAUGUUGUUUUCACUAUUGUACAUUUGAACUGCAUAUGCAAGAAAAAAAGGUAAGAAUAUCUAUACACACCAUAAUCAACUCAGGGUAUUUGCCAAUCUGAAAUAAAGUGGGAUGGGGACUGUCUCCUUCAGAACAAGGGUACAAAUGCCCCUUUCGCUGCAGUAUGAGUGUUUUUGUAUGUGUGAGUAUGAGAGUGUUUGGGGCUACGUGGGGAGGGAGUGGGAAGGGUUUCAACUGCAACAUUUUUUUAUUUAUUCUUUUAGAAUGUGACAGUGUAAUUAACAGCCACAUUGGGGGGAAACUGUAACAAAUUGCUACAGAUGCCUUAAACUAUGCACAAAGCUAAGUGACCAAAUUUGUUUUUGAUUGAAAAAGUGCAUUGUUUACUUAUUCCUCCCUCUACUGAAACAUUGCCCAUUUAUAGGUUUGAUGUGAAAAGGAUAUAUGUUUUUAAGGACAAAAUUUAAGGACUAAUUUUAAACAUUCCAUUUUUGUAAUUUUGUUUUACAUUGUUUUAAGUACAGUAAGCACAACUGUAAUAGAGUUUAAGAGAAACUGGUGCUUUCUUUUAGUUCAUUUCUAUUUCCUGUGUUAUUUCUGUAAAAGACUGUUUAUUAAUUCUGUUUACAGUUUGUUGCAACAGCCAUUUUUGGGAGAGAGCUUCAGUGUAAAGCCAUUUGUAAAGGCUUUACCAUACUCAUUUUAAUAUGUGCUUGUUGCUCUUAACUUUUGAUGAAUAAAAAACUCUUUUCACAUUAUGCUCCUGUACAUC